AUGUUCGGCAUAUUGAUCAUUAGUUAUCUUCUCAUUACUCAAGCAUCUUCGUACAAUCCCACACACGAUGAAAACCAAUCGAUCAUCGAAGCCCUGCAUUCGAAUGUAACAGUAACAAGUGGACACAAAGCGAUAUUAACAUGUACAUUCGGCCAUAGUAAUCUUGAUUUAUCACUUUCAUCAUCACAUCAAUUAAUAUGGAUUCGACAAAAUUACGCAUCAAAUAAUGCCGAUUCUCUAUUAGCACAUAAUCAAGAUUUAUUAAUAUCUGAUUCUCGUUUGAAUGUUCAACGUACUGAUGUCGAAUAUACAUUAACAAUAACAGAUGUCCAAGCUGAUGACGAGGGUAUCUAUACGUGCGAAGUCAAUACUCAACCGCCACAAAAAGCAUUGAUUCAUCUCUAUGUCCAAGGUAAAUAA